AUGAGUGAGAAAAGGGUAGAUGGAAGAGAUAAAGCAUGGAAAUUUACAAAAAAGAUGGAAGAGGAGAAAUAUUUUAGAUGUGUUUUCUGUAAUCAAGUAUGCAGUGGCACUAUUUCUAAAUUUAAGCAUCAUUUAGCAGGUAUUUCGGGUGGUAUGAAAGCUUGUAAUAAAGUCCCUUCUGAUAUGAAGAAUGAGUAUCAAUUAGCUAUAAAGGACUUUAAGGAUUUGAAAUUUAAGAGAUGUGCUAUGCUCCGUGAGCUUGGGGAAGGAAUUGGUGGUGGAAGUGAUAGUAUAGAUUCUCCAUUAGAAGAAUGUGGGAGUAGUGCUACUCAACUAAAAGUCAAAGGACCACUUGAUAGUUUUGUGUCUUCUCAACCUAGGCAAACCGUAUUGAAUGAAGCUUACAAAAAAGAGUUAAGAAAAGAAGUUUGUCGGAUGGUUGGGCGUUUUAUGUUUUCUAGGGUGCUUCCUUUUAAUACGAUUAAUGAUCCAUUUUGGUUAGCUAUGGUAGAGGGAAUUGCCAAGUAUGGUGUAGGGUUUAAGCCUCCUUCUAUGCAUGAAUUAAGAACUUGGAUUCUUAGGGAAGAAGUUGAAGAUAUUGAUAAAUAUUUGUUAGAGCAUAAGAAAGCUUGGGAGAAGUAUUGGUGUUCUAUCAUGUCGGAUUAUUGGACCGAUGGAAAGAGUAGAAGAAUUGGGGAAGAGAAUGUAGUUCAAAUAAUCACCAAUAAUGCAUCAAAUUAUAAAAAUGCGGGCCUUAGACUUAUGCAAAGGAUGUUGAAGUUGUGGUGGACUCCAUGUGCAGCACAUUCUAUUGAUCUUAUGCUUGAAGAUAUUAGCAAGCUAAUCAUCUUUAAGAAGACCAUUGCAAGUGCUAAGAAAGUGGUGAAGUUUCUCUAUGGACACACAUGGGUCAUUUCUCUCAUGAGGGAAUUCACAAACAACAGUGAGAUCAUUCGUCCGACGAUUCAAACUAAGAAAAAGGACCGACUUGAGCACAAAAGAUUAAAUGCAUUGGUUUAUGUCAAGUACAACUCUUUACUAAUGGAAAGAAACAUUAGAAGACGAGUGAAGAAGCUUGAUCCCAUUUUAGUGGAAGAAAUCGAUUCCGAUGAUGAAUGGAUAUCAGAGGUGGAAGAUCCUAUAUUGCCAGAUGAUCUCUCUUGGCUUGAAGAAGAGCCACUAGAUGAGCCAACAAUAGAUGAUGUUCCUUUGUCGGAUGAUGACAUGAGAUUUGAUCAGCCCUCUUACGCACAUUCUUCUAAAAUGAAGAAUGUUGAAAGCUCAACUUAUCUCUAUGAGGACCUUGAUACAGAGAUAUACAUGAAAGUUUCUGAAGGACUUAAGGUUGGGAUAUGUGAACAAUGA